GCGCGCGCACCCCCGCACUGCACCCGCGCCCCGCGCUCCUGUCCAGCGUCGCCUGCCCCCGACAGCGCCCAAGCCCCCCGGGGCCCGAUGCCAUGGGGAACAACUUCUCCAGCGCCCCCUCUGCGCCCCGAGGAAGCCAGAGCCGGCCGCCGCGGGGCCACCCCGCCAACCUCAAAGAUUCCAUCGGGGCCUCCUUUCCUGUCACCUCUCACCGAUGCCAUCACAAGCAGAAGAACUGUCCACCUGCACUGUCUGCGGGGGGACUCCCCGCCACACCUCUGCUCUUUCAUCCACAUACCAAGGGCUCCCAGAUCCUCAUGGACCUCAGCCAUAAGGCUGUCAAGAGGCAGGCCAGCUUCUGCAAUGCCAUCACCUUCAGUAACCGCCCGGUGCUCAUCUAUGAGCAAGUCCGACUGAAGAUCACCAAGAAGCAGUGUUGCUGGAGCGGAGCGCUGAGGCUGGGCUUCACCAGCAAAGACCCAUCCCGCAUUCACCCUGACUCUCUGCCCAAGUACGCCUGCCCUGACCUGGUGUCCCAAAGCGGCUUCUGGGCCAAGGCGCUGCCGGAGGAGUUUGCCAACGAGGGCAACAUCAUUGCCUUCUGGGUGGACAAGAAGGGCCGAGUGCUCUACCGCAUCAACGACUCAGCCGCCAUGCUCUUCUUCAGUGGGGUGCGCACAGUCGACCCGCUCUGGGCCCUGGUGGAUGUCUAUGGCCUCACGAGGGGUGUUCAGCUGCUAGACAGCGAGCUGGUGCUGCCCGACUGCCUGCGACCGCGCUCCUUCACCGCCCUCCGGCGCCCGUCGCUGUCGCUGCGGCGCGAGGCCGACGAGGCGCGCCUCUCCGUGAGCCUGUGCGACCUGAACUUGCCGGGCGCCGACGGCGACAGCGACGAGGCCGUCCCCGUCGCCGGCUGCCCCAUCCCGCAGAACUCGCUCAACUCGCAGCACAGCCGCGCGCUGCCCGCGCAGCUGGACGGCGACCUGCGCUUCCACGCGCUGCGGGCCGGCACGCACGUCCGCAUCCUGGACGAGCAGACGGUGGCACGCCUGGACCACGGGCGCGACGAACGCGCGCUGGUCUUCACCAGCCGGCCCGUUCGCGUGGCCGAGACCAUCUUCGUCAAGGUCACGCGUUCCGGGGGUGCCAGGCCCGGCUCCCUGUCCUUCGGGGUCACCACUUGCGACCCUUGCACGCUGCGCCCCGCCGACCUGCCCUUCAGCCCCGAGGCCCUGGUAGACCGUAAGGAGUUCUGGGCCGUGUGCCGUGUGCCCGGGCCCCUGCACAGUGGUGACAUUUUGGGCCUGGUGGUCAAUGCGGACGGAGAGCUGCAUCUCAGCCAUAACGGCGCGGCUGCCGGCAUGCAGCUGUGUGUGGACGCCUCGCAGCCCCUCUGGAUGCUCUUCAGCCUGCACGGGGCCGCCACGCAGAUUCGCAUCCUCGGCUCUACCAUCCUGGCAGAGCGGGGUCCCCCGUCCCUGCCCUGCUCUCCCGCCUCCACGCCCACCUCACCCAGUGCCCUGCUCAGCCGCCUCUCGGACCCCCUGCUCAGCCCAUGCAGCUCUGGGCCGCCGGGCAGCUCUACUGGCGGGACAGCUCCCAACUCCCCAGUGAGUCUGCCUGAAUCUCCGGUGAGCCCUGGGCUGGGCCCUCUGAGUGACGAAUGCACCAUCUGCUACGAGCGCACAGUGGACACGGUCAUCUACACGUGCGGUCACAUGUGCCUGUGCUACGCCUGCGGCCUGCGCCUGAAGAAGGCCCUGCACGCCUGCUGCCCCAUCUGCCGCCGCCCCAUCAAGGACAUCAUCAAGACCUACCGCAGCUCCUAGCCCGCCAGCCUGCAGCCCCUUCCUUCCCUCUCCUAUUGGAAAAACUCCCUUCGCCAGUAAAUGUGGGAAACUGAGGCCGCUGAUAGUCCAGGGAAAGCAGGGCUCUGUAAGGCAGGGAGGCAGGCGGGAAGCACAGUGCCUGGCAGCAGGGGUGGGGAGUGACCCUCGUGCCCUCCCCCCAUCUAGCCCUUCUCACACCCAGAUGUCCCCUGCAUGCUGGGAGGCUGACUUAGGGUCUCAGCCUGUCCUCGUCCUUCUCCUCUGUGGGCAGAUUUCCAGGAGGCCCCUCUAGCCCCUGGGGCACCUUUUCAAGAAUGCAGAAGCGCACCCCUUUGGGGUGUGUGGGCCUUGAGCCCAGACAUGUGGCUUGGCUGGUGGGAUCUGGAGUGAACUAGAGCCUGUUUGUUCCCGCCGACAGCUGCUCUCAGUUCUGGCCUCCCGCCACCUGCUUUUCCUUCAGAUGCCUCAGCGGGGCCUGUGGGCCUCGUCCCUUUUCCACUCACCUGGCAGGGCACAGCCUGCGGCAGGUGCCAGGCCACUCAUCUGAGUGUGUGCAGCGCCCUUUGCUGGCCUGUCCACUGAUCAUCUCAUGGACUGCUGCUGUGCAGACCCAGCCUGUGUUGUGGGCUGUGGCAAGGGGCCUUGUCAGGGUCUCCCGGGACCUAAAUCCCCACAUCUCAGUGCUCCCCUGACCUGGCUAAAGCUCAGAGGGGCUGGAGCUUUCCUGGGAAAGGCCAGAUGGGGUGGUGACCAGGUGCCAGGGGACAGGAUGGGAUGGGGAGGGGCCCUGGGUAAAGAUCAGCCUUUUAACUUAUUUAUUUAUUUUAAGUUUUGGUGUUUUUCUUUGUUUUUGUUUGUUUGUUUUGAAUAGGCUAGAGCCAAGAUUUCUUGACAUAAAAAACACAAACAAAAACUUGCUCAGUCUCCCCAAGAGACCUGCCCUUCUUGAAGUGAAAAAAUAGGAGAAACCUCCCAGGUACAUUGGCAGCUGACAGCGCCCCCGUCCCCCAUGUGUUCCCAGGCCAUAUCACACAUUUUGGGAAACCUGGGGUAGUGGGAACUGCAGAGGCAUUAAUGAGAAUCAUAGGGCGCCAGAACAGCUCUGCUGCCCAGAGGGGUGUGUUUGGGGUGCCCUGAAAUGUGAUCUAAAGACUCCUGCCUUCUGGCCCAGUCUAAACUGCUCAGCCUAGCACCUCCAGGCCUGGGCAGGCUGGCUGGAUUCAGGUACUCCAGGGGUUUGGGAGUUUCCCUCCCAAGUUCUGGGAAGAAGGUGGGGUGCCCCUCCCCAGGAAAGGGGCAGGGAGAGGCAGGCCAGCACCUCUGAGCUAGAGUCCCUACAGCCCUGGGGACUGCAGAGCUGCCCGAUGCCACCUCCCAUCCCCUCAAGAUGGCUUGGACACCCUGGAGAGAUGCCAUCUUCUGGCCCUCUGCACCUAAGACCCCACCUCUGUGAAGUGUGUAUGUGGAGUGAUCUAUCCCGAUGGUUCCAGAGUUCCAGCAUUCACUGAGCCUUUCUGGGGCCUUUCUGGGGUGUGGUGAAGGUUCUGGGUGGGCAUGGCCAUAUCUAGUUGGGGGUCCCCAUCUCAGAGGCAAAGAAAAGUUUUAAGAGAAGGCCUAUGGAGAUGGAAACCCUUUGUCUGUGUCUCUUAGUGUAGGGGCUACUGCCCCCUUCGUGAACUUGGGUCGCUGUGAUUGUGAAUAAAGGUGAUUUCGUACCA